AAAUCAGGUCGUACAAAAUAUUUAUAUAUAACAACCUGGUACCUGUAAGCGCCACGAGCCCGAACACAAAACCUUAAUCUUUCUAUAUCGGGUCUCCUCCUUCUUAAUUCCACCACCGUCAACCACCACCUUAACAUACGCCACCUUUUCGCUAACAUACGCCACCUUGUUACAAUGAGACGAUGAGCUCUCCUUUACAAUCCCCAGAUUCCAAAAACGAAGAAGAAUCUCGUCAACUACUUACCGUUCCGUUACCACAGUCAACAUCACCGUUAAUUAACGGUAACGUCAAUGAUGAUGAUGAAGAAGAAUUCACGUACGGAUCUGGUGAAAAGAUCCACGUCGUUGAUUUCGAAUCAGACCCAAUCGACGGUGUAGAUUACAGUACAGUACCACCAUUUUCAUGGAAAAAACUAUGGCAAUUUACGGGUCCUGGAUUCUUAAUGAGUAUAGCUUUUUUGGAUCCGGGUAAUUUAGAAGGAGAUCUACAAGCUGGUGCAAUUGCGGGUUAUUCACUUUUGUGGUUGUUGUUAUGGGCUACUGUUAUGGGCUUGAUGAUCCAGUUACUUUCGGCCCGAAUUGGGGUUGCAACGGGCCGGCACUUAGCUGAGCUUUGUAGGGAAGAGUAUCCUAAGUGGGCUGGGCUUUUACUUUGGUUUAUGGCUGAGGUGGCUUUGAUCGGUGCUGAUAUUCAAGAAGUUAUUGGAAGUGCUAUUGCUAUUAAGAUACUUAGUCGUGGGUUUAUUCCUCUUUGGGGUGGUGUUCUUAUUACUGCUUCUGAUUGCUUUCUUCUUUUGGUUCUUGAAAACUAUGGGAUAAGGAAGUUGGAAGCUGUGUUUGCUGUUCUUAUUUCGACUAUGGCACUAUCUUUUGCUUGGAUGUUUGGAGAUGCCAAACCAAGUGGGAAGGAGCUUCUAGCAGGUCUCUUGAUUCCCAAACUCAGUUCUAGGACAGUUCGGCAGGCUGUUGGAGUAGUUGGCUGUGUAAUAAUGCCUCACAAUGUAUUUUUGCAUUCAGCUUUGGUGCAAUCCAGGGAGAUCGAUUUGAAGAAAAAAGGGCAGGUUCAGGAGGCACUGAAUUACUAUUCAAUAGAAUCCUCCUUUGCCCUUCUUAUCUCGUUUAUGAUCAAUUUGUUUGUUACAACUGUCUUUGCCAAGGGAUUUUAUGGCAGUCAGCAAGCUAGUAGUUUAGGCCUUGUAAAUGCAGGGCAGUUUCUCCAGGACAAGUAUGGUGGGGGACUGUUCCCAAUUCUCUAUAUUUGGGGUAUUGGAUUAUUGGCAGCUGGGCAGAGUAGUACGAUAACUGGUACUUAUGCUGGACAGUUUAUCAUGGGAGGUUUUCUAGAUCUACGCUUGAAGAAAUGGCUUAGGGCGCUGAUUACUCGAAGUUGUGCCAUUGUACCAACAAUCGUUGUCGCUCUGAUUUUUAAUAGAUCGGAAUCAUCGCUCGACGUUUUGAAUGAGUGGCUUAAUGUGCUUCAGUCUAUACAGAUCCCUUUUGCGCUUAUUCCCCUUCUGACAUUAGUGUCCAAGGAGGAUUUAAUGGGUACUUUCAAAAUUGGGCCUACUCUCGAGAGAGUUGCCUGGACUGUUGCUGCACUCGUGAUGGUGAUAAACGGCUAUCUUUUGCUGGACUUCUUUGUCGCUGAGGUCAACGGGCUGCUCUUUGCUUUUCUGGUCUGUGCUGGGACUGCAGGUUAUGUUGCCUUCAUUUUAUACCUUAUUUCACAUGGGGGUGGCAAUGUCGCCAAUUGGUUCAACCUACUUCGCACAAAAGGAUAUAGCUAUGCUGGUCAAUGAGACUUCAAAGAUAAUAGAUUCCUUCAAAUCCAAAUGUCGUAAAUAGUAAAUCACUACAUGGCAGAGAGGCCAGGGCUUGGGAAGUUUGGUUACUGAAGCAUUCUUUCAUCUGAAGAGAUCCAAUUUCUUUGUGUCCCAACUGUCAUAAUAGAUUCCUUCUCAAAAAAAAAAAAAAAAAAAAAACUGUCAUAAUAGAUGUCGAGAAAUUGUCAGCAUUUGCUUUUAGCUGUAGGUUCCCCAAAAGAAAUAAUGGAGCAAGCUAUCUAGGAUAUUGACAAUCAGUUAUAGAUGAUGAAGAAAGUAUAUAGUCCGCCGGAUGAAAAUACUUGUUCAUUGCAGGCGCAUACAGUCCACAAUGUUGUAUUUAUCGAAUAGAUGCAGAAGAACUUGAAAGCCAUUGAUUUUUUGUAAGAGAAUUUUCUGUUGUGCAGAUUAGUAAGUGUUGGUUCAGCUGAUUAGAAUUGGCUUACAUCAAUACAAGAGAAGUGUUUGGAUCU